AAAUAAGUUAUCGACCCCCGACUGCCCUCGCGAAGAAAGAAGAGGGUAUUUGCUUGCCUUGCCCCCGACUGCCCUGACCACGAGCGGAGACCAUUUCGCACCUACGAUCCUCCUAUAUCUCACUUUUUUUCCCUCUCUGCUUUUUCUCUCGCCUGAUUUUUUUUCUCUAUCCCAUCGUUUUUUUGCUCUCUCUAAUUUUUUCUCAAAGUUCCGAACAUGUUGAAAAUGGCUCUAGGGUUUUCUCUAGAUAUUUUUUUGUGGUAAAUUGUUCUAUGCAGGGAAAAAACUAAUUUGGCUGUUUUUUUGGUAAACAAUUCUCUGUAGAAACCUUGCCCCUCAUCCCUCCACUCAAGCCUUCCUCUCUUCACUCCAACCAAAUUUCACAGUUCUCUGAUUUUCCAAUUCUUCUUUUCAUCUGGUUUAUUCUACUACACAGGUGACAAUUAUAACCAUUUGGUGUCCCCUUUUUAUUUUUUCGUUUUUUGUGACUGCUAUCAUCUGAAAAUGAGAUAUUCAAUGAGAUUGCUUAAAUUUGAUUCAUGGUUAGCUUAUUUUUUUUCUUCAUUGAUAGUUCUUUUGUUGGUCGUGAAGAAAAGAAAGAAAAAAAAUUGCAGUAUUGCUUUCCUUUUUGCCAUAGGUUUAGAUUAAGUUUACUUUUUAUUUUUCAAUACCAAGCAUAGUGUUUUAUCUGACCCUUGAGAAUGUAGUUAUAGAAUCAUCAAACAAAAAAAAAAACAACUUGUUAUAGAUUGACUGGAAUUUUUUGCAAACAACAACAUUUCUCAAGGAAAUCAGCAGGAAAUUUGUUGAGUUUGUUGUGGAAUUUUAGUUCAGGUAAUGGUUGAAGAAUCCAAUAUUCAAUUUAAUUAAUCCUGACUAUUGGAUGUAUAGAGUAGUUUUUCUAGGCAAAACAGAACAAAUCAUUGCCAUGAAGUUUGAAUGAGAGAAAAUUGAUUAUCUUUGAUGAUUGAGGUGAAUUUUAGUUAUGAUAGUGAUUGGGGUAAUUGUUAAAUAUUUACAGGUUUAUUGCUUCUAAAGUUUGUAUAACUCUUUCAUAUGACUGAACUAUCCAAAAAAGAAUGUCAAUGUUGCUCACCAUUAUAAUUUCAAUGCUGCUCACUAUUAUACAGUUUAUAGUUUGUUAUCAGUUGAAAACUGGCCAUUCAUAUAGCUGUAUUGAACUUAUUUUCCUCACGAAUGAAUAUAUCGAUAGUAACAUAGCUUUAGAUGUUUGAUGCUCUCUUUUGGUUUUUUCUAAUGAUGUUUGAUAAGCACAUAAUAUGGUUAUUCUGUCUGUGUGUGUAGACUACAGAGUAAGGACUGUUAUGUAACUGAUUAAAGAGUAUUUUGUUUGUGUGUGUAGACUACAUCAUAAUUUUGUCUGUGUGUGUAGACGACAGUGUAAGGCCUGUUAUGUAACUUAGAACUUCCUUAUAUUCCAGUAGAUUAUCAAAGACAGAGACCCAUAACUUCUUUAACGUUCCAGCAGGUUAUCAAACACAAAAAUCCAAAACUUCCUACAGUAACUUUUUUCUUCUCAACAAAGAAGAAUGGAACAUUUACCUUCCAGUUAUCAAACACGCCCUCAAAGGAUAAUAGCUCUGCUGCAGUGGCUCUCUCUCUAACGCUUGCCAUUCUCAAAUUCUCUCUCCAUGGGGGAUGGCAAGCAAGCUUCCUCACCUCCUUCGGAAACUCUCUUAUGUUCCUUCUCUCUUUAUCCCCCAUCUCUCAUCUAUCAACCCACCUUCUUUUUCAACCAGCAGGUCAAUUUUGGGCCAAUACCCAUUUCUUAGUUCUUACUCGUCUUCUCUCACUCCUCCGCUUUCUCUCUCAUCCCCUGGUUUUGGGUCAUGGCCAUUUUCAUGGGGUUUCAAGUUUAUGAGCCAUGGCUCUGUGAGAGUGGUCCUUUCAGGUGGAACCCCAAAGUUCGAAGCUCAGGAAAUGGAGCCACCGAAGAAAGAGAAAUGGAAAACAAAGAAGAGACUGAAGGAUAUGAGGAAGAGAGAGAAAGGGAAAAGGAAAAUGGCGAGCAAAACUGAUCCAAGACGCCUAACACCAAAGGGAAAGAAGAAGAAGAAUAAGUUCCCCGAUGCAGAGGAGAGGAUAAAGAACAAGAUUGAGCAGGUAAUGUGAAAGAACUCCUUUUCUCUCUCU